AUGGCUUUACCAGUUUUCAAGUCAAGAUUAGAAAUUAUCAAUGCAAUCAGGACAUCUUACCAGCAGACAUCUUUGACACUGCGUGCGAUGUAUGAUUCUCGUAUCGAUGCAAUAGUCACAGACAAUCUUUUCAUUCGGAUUCCCAUUAUUGAUCAAAUUAAUGAAGGCUGGGGAGUCUUUGAUACUGCAAAUGUGUAUCAAGGCAAUGUUUAUCAGCUUGAAAAGCACUUAGAAAGAAUAAUGUUUUCAGCAGCAGGUGCAAAAAUCCCUGUUCCUCUCACUCUUGGACAAAUGAAAGAAAAAGUGCUGCAGUUAAUAUCUCUAUUUGACUGCAAUAAUUUAAGGGUUAGAGUAUUUCUCUCCAAAGGCUUAGUUGGUGAGUCUUCAGAAGCUCAAGGGAUAUUUUAUGCCUUAUUAUAUACAGACCCAAAUCAAGUCAAGCCAGAGACAGUAAAGGAGAGAAGUGUAUCAAUUCCUUUAAAGCCGAGAGAAUUAGCAGUGAUAAAGACCAAUAACUACUUAUGCAACACACUUUGCUCUUUGGAAGCUAAAGAGAAAGGAGGAUAUAUGGGAGUUAUGCUUGACGAAAAUGGGUACCUAGCUGAAUCUGCAAUGGCCAAUGUUGCUGUUAUUCUGCCUGGAGGGCAUUUCAGGACUCCUUUCCCUGAUAAAAUUCUUGAAGGAACAACAAUUAAGCGAGUCCUUCUUUUUUGUGAAGAACUUGUGAAAAAUGGUGAGCUUCAAAGUGCAUCCAGAGGAAAUAUAUCAUUAGAAGAAGCAAAGCAUAGUGAAGAAAUGCUAAUUGUUGGAGGCGAUAAUAUUGUUGGGAUAACUGAAUUUGACGGAGAGCCUAUUGGAAGUGGAGCUAUGGGAAUAAUUACAAGAAAAAUUAAAAAUUUCCUUCAGCAAGAUCAUGUAAGUAUUUAG